CUGUGCCCCUUGCCACCAACCGUCACAUGACUGAUGAGCAGAAGAAAGAAGAAUGGGAGAAGACACGUGACAUUGAUAACCCCCUGCUUCCCUGGGCUGACAGAUAUGCCAGCGAAAUUGGGAACUACGAUUCUAAGAAUCUGUCUAACCGACCUGAGUUAAAACUAGUAGAGAAAACGUUCAAGGUUGCCAAGAUUGCUGCGACAGUUAGUGCUGUACUUUUGACAGUGAUUCUUAUAAUAAUAUGGCCUGCCUCUAUGAUCGCUGUCAACGUCAUGAAUGCCACCGAAUUCAACAUCUGGGUCAUUGUAUCUCAAAGCUGGGCGUGGAUUGGUGCUGUCUUCAUCAUCAGUGUACCGAUCAUAACUGAAGUCCACACCAUUAUUAAACAAGUGAUUCAUAAUCGAGACAACCAAGAUGGCGAACAAAAGAUGAAGACGGAUACCCGUUUGUCACGGUAUACACAGACAAAUCAGGCAUGUAUGUACGACAAUAAAGAAGAUAUGAACAUGGAAGCAUUCUAAUGUAAUGAGUGAAAAACCUAACAAAUAGUAUAAGCAUUGAUAAUAGUUAUAUAAUUAUCAUUACUCGCAGAUCAUUUAAGGUAGCGAGACUAUUAUUUGUGUUGAAAAUUACGAUUUUCACAUUUAUUUAUUAAUUGAUGAAAUGCACCAUAAACUUUCAUAUGAUAAAGUCAAUAUAACGUAGGAUGUCAUGUAAGUUGGUUAAAAUGUAGAUUUUCUGAAGGGAAGC